AUGGAUGAAAAGGCCCUCUACAGUGACCCAGAAGUGUUAUGGUUGAGACGGAUCACAAUCGGCGCCAUUUUGAUCACCAUUCUUGCGGGUUCAUUGAGCAUAAUCGCCAUUCCAUUGGCUUGUCUCCAUCUUCAGAAAAUCUCCUCAUCAAUGCAAGAUGAGCUCGGUUUUUGUCGACUGAGAACACACGAUUUAUGGGAUGAACUUUUAAGGGUUCAAAUCUCUCUCGGUCAACCAAUUGGUCGUCAAAAAAGAGCCGCCACCAACAAGCGGAAAUCUCAGGAGAAGACACAAAGUCAAGUCCAUGAUAGUGAAUUCAAUCCGCGGAAAAACGGAAAACGUCAGAUUUACGCGAAUGUGCCAAAUAUGGGCGCGUAUCAAUUUGUCCCACAACCUGAACCAUUUGCCACUCAACCCCAAUAUGUCUCUUCAUCACUUGGCAGUCUGUCGGGUCUAAAUGGAAUCUCUUCCCUUUCAUCACAACUUGGAGGAUUGGGUCAAUCCGGUCUUGGAUCAUCCUUGGGAUCAUCCUUGGGAUCACUUGGAUCUCUUGGAUCUCUUGGCUCGCUUGGAUCACUCGGAUCACUCGGAUCGAGUCUCAGUGGAGUGGGCGGACUCUCAGGUCUCUCCUCACCUCAAGGCGGUUCUGAAUCAGUGGGUAGCACUUCAAGUCUUCUUUCAUCUCUUGGUUCAUCUCCAUCACUUUCUUCACUUUCUUCCCUUUCCUCACUCACAUCACCCUUAUCAUCUGGUAGUGGAGGUCUCGGCGAUCUGUCAUCUCUCGGUUCAUCCGAUCCAUCGUCGAUCUCCAGUCUCUCCGGAAUGAAUCCAUCUCUUGGCUCAAGUCUAUCCGGUCUUUCGGGAUUUGGGUUAGGAGUUGAAUCAACUGAGGGAAUUGGUGGAAAAGGGAAAACAAAUGGACAAGGAAGGACAAAAGGAGGAGGAGGAUCUGAUGGAUUGGGAGGAAUGGGUGGAUUGGGAGGAUUCGGAUUGGAUGGAUUGGAUGAUCAUCGCAAAGGAUUUCAACAAGCAGCCAUCGAUGCUUUUGGCUCAUCCGGCAAUGGGGAUUCCGGUGGAGGAAUACCUACAAUUGAUAAAAGUUUGAUUACACACGUUCAACUGCCCGAGAUUCCGAGUGUUUGUCUGUGGGGACCUCCAGGUCCAGCUGGGCCACCCGGAGAGGAUGGUUCUGACGGAACCGAUGGCGAUGAAGGUCGGCCUGGUGAACAUGGAAAAGAUGCAGAGGAUCAAUCCGAGAAACCGGUCGAAAUCUGCGUCGUUUGUCCACAGGGUGGUGAGGGACCGCCUGGACCUCCUGGGCUAAAGGGUCCACCUGGAUACCCGGGAAUGCCAGGAGAGCCGGGAAUACCCGAUUUGAAUCGAGGAUUGCCGGGAAGAAGAGGACCCGAAGGCCCACCAGGACAUCCUGGAGAGCCAGGAGAACCGGGAAGAUCGGGAGCACCUGGAAAGACCAUUCGAUUACAAGGAGGACCGCCUGGACCGACAGGGAAUCCGGGAAGACCAGGAUUGCCCGGAUAUCCCGGACCACCAGGGACACCCGGAUCGGUGUUUGAAGGCGUCCAAGGUCCACCAGGAGACCCCGGUCGACCGGGCCGUCCAGGUCGAGCGGGCAAAGAGGGACAAUUGGGUGAACCGGGUGAGCCAGGCCCUUCCGGUAGUUGUUCUCAUUGUCCGAUUCCCCGUGUCGCUCCCGGAUAUUAUGACAAAAUCAAGAAGAAU